UUCACUCUUAAUUUUUCUAGAACACUAAUCAUGGAACUGUUGUUACUCGCUCUUGCAUUUGGGCUACGGGCAUUCGUAUUUUUUGUAUUGCCAAUUGCGUUCAUCGUGCUGAAAACCAAAAAGGAUCCCAGGAUUAAGAAAGAAUUGGAAAAAUUCGACGGGCCUGUGUCUCUCCCGCUGAUCGGAACAUCUUUUAGAUUCAUCGGCAAAAACUCAGUUGCGUUAUUUAACUUGAUAACCACUGAUGACUUGAAGAAUUACGGUCACAUAUUCAGACUUUGGGACCUGAAUUCGCCAAGGCUAACAAUAGGGAAGGCAAAAUACGCUGAAAAAAUUUUGCAAGGAACGCAGCAUCAAACCAAGAGCACUAACUACAAGAUAUUUGACAGUUGGUUGGGCCAAGGACUUAUUUCUUCAAGUGGCAAAAAGUGGCAAGUGAAUAGGAAGAUUUUAGCACCAGCCUUUCACUUUACCAUUCUGCAAGAAUUCCUUCACAUAAUUAACAAAAACAGUAGCAUUUUGGUUGGAAAACUGCAAGAAUUUUCUGACUCGAACAAGCCUGUGAAUUUGUUUGAUCCCUUGUCUCUGUGCGCUUUUGAUAUUGUUUGUGAGAGUUCAAUGGGCACCACAUUAAAUGCUCAGCUGCAACAAGAGUCAACCUACGUCAAAGCCGUAACAGAGCUCGUGCGGCUUCUUUUGCAGCGCUUCGUCUCUCCAUUGCUGAGGAAUGAUUUCCUAUACAAGUUUUCCAGCGUGAAGAAAAGAACUGAGCAAGCAGUAAAAAUUGUUGAUGUUUACACCAACAAGGUUAUUAAAGAAAGGAGAAAUUUGUUGAAAAAUAUGACAACAGACUGUAUCAAAGAAAGAGGCGAAAAUAUUGAGGUAAAACGGAAAAAUUUGGCUUUCAUUGACACCUUAUUGAAGGCUCAGGACGAGAACGAAAGUCUCAUGACCGACAAAGAUAUUAGGGAUCAAGUUAACACAUUCAUGGCCGCGGGAUAUGACACCGUGACAGCCGCCUGUUGUUGGGUCUUAUUUAUCCUUGGCACAUACCCUGAGAUCCAAAAUAAGGUCGUGGACGAGUUACACCAGGUUUUUGGCAGCUCCGGACGCGCGCCAACGAUGAGCGAUUUGGCCGAGUUGAAAUAUCUUGAACGGUGCAUUAAAGAAACGCUGAGACUCUACCCAAGUGCUCCUUUCUUUGAGCGACAGCUCCGUGAGGAUGUUCAUUUUCAUGACGGGCGUAUUGCCCCUGCUGGCGUUACGGCUUCCAUCAACCUAUUUAUUCUUCAUAGAGAUCCAGAUAACUUUCCCGAUCCCGAGAAAUUUGACCCUGACCGAUUUUUGCCGGAGAACUGUGCUGGGAGACACCCGUUUUCUUAUAUUCCAUUUAGCGCAGGCCCCAGAAAUUGCAUAGGACAAAAGUUUGCUCUUCUUGAGGAAAAGGCGGUGGUGUCCACAAUAUUGCGCCAUUUUGAGGUUGAGGCUGCGCAUUCAAUUGACGAAGUAAAAAUUGAGCUUGCUUUGGUGUUGAAGCCGCAGAAUGGACUGACGGUGCGACUUCGAGAUCGCGGUGCUCACCAUUUAAACCUGCAAAAGAUGAAGCUACACUAUUGUAAUGAGUUGCAAUAUUUCUCUGCAACGACAAACAUGGAGCUGUUAACCGUUCUUUCGUUUGUGUUGAGAGCAAUUGUGUUUUUUGUGCUACCGCUGGUGUUUUUCGUGCUGAAAACCAGAAGGGAUCCUAGGAUUGAAAAAGAGCUGGAAAAAUUCGGAGGACCAGUACCGUAUCCACUGAUCGGUACAUCUUAUGUGCUUGUUGGCAAGGACUCGGUUGCUUUGUUCAAACUGCUCUUUAGAGACAAUUGGAAAAAUUAUGGCAACAUAUUCAGAGUUUGGAACCUGAAUUCAGCGAAACUCAUCAUUAAUUCAGCAAAACACGCUGAGAAAAUUUUGCACGGAAUGGAGCAUCACGCCAAGAGCAUAAACUACAAAGUUUUUGAUAGUUGGAUGGGUCAAGGACUGCUCACAUCAAACGACAGAAAAUGGCAAAUACAUCGGAAGAUAUUGACGCCUGCUUUUCACUUCAACAUUUUGCACGAGUUUCUUCAUAUAAUUAACAAAAACAGCAAAACUUUAGUUGGAAAACUACAAACAUAUUCAGACUUAUGUCAGCCUGUAGAUUUAUUUGAGCCACUGUCUCUAUGCGCUCUAGUUAUUGUCUGUGAGAGUUCAAUGGGCACCUCAAAGAAUGCUCUGCAGCAUCAGGACUCGCCGUACGUCAAAGUAGUCAGAGAGCUAAACGAGCUCAUCAUGCGGCGAUAUUUUUCGCCUUUCUUGAGAGUUGAUUUCCUCUACAAAUUUUCCAGCGUGAAGAAAAGAGUUGAGCGAGCAGUAAAAAUGAAUUACGAUUUCAUUGAUAAGGUUAUACAAGAAAGAAGAAACUAUUUAAAAAGUGUGAAGAUAGAGGAGAACGUCGGGGAAGGAGAGGGAAAGCGCAAAAAUAUGGCUUUCAUAGAUACCCUUCUUAAGGUCCAGGAAGAUGAUGGAAGCCUUAUGACUGACAAAGAUAUUAGGGAUCAAGUUAGCACGUUUAUGUUCGCGGGACAUGACACCGUGACGACUGCCAGUUGCUGGGUCCUUUUUAUCUUGGGCACAUACCCUGAAUUCCAAAAUAAGGUCGUGGACGAGUUACACCAGGUUUUCGGCAGCUCGGGACGCGCACCCAUGAUGAACGAUUUGUCCGAGUUGAAAUAUCUCGAGCGGUGCAUUAAAGAAACCCUGAGACUUUACCCCAGUGUCCCUUUCUUUGAGCGACAGCUUCGAGAGGAUGUUCACUUUCACGAUGGGCGUAUUGCACCUGCUGGCGUUACGGCGUCUUUCAACGUAUAUUCAAUUCAUAGAAAUCCUGAAAACUUUCCUGACCCAGAGAGGUUCGACCCUGACCGAUUUUUGCCGGAAAAUUCAGCAGGACGACAUCCGUACUCCUACAUCCCGUUUAGCGCAGGGCCUAGAAAUUGCAUAGGUCAAAAAUUUGCAAUGCUUGAAAUUAAGGUGGUCGUGUCAACGAUUUUGCGUCAUUUUGAAGUGGUGCCAGAACACUCAAUUGAUGAAGCAAUAAUGGAGGUUGCAUUGGUAUUGCGGCCACAGAAUGGACUGACAGUGCGACUCCGAGACCGCGGAGCAGAUAAUAAAUUAAAACUACGAAUGGAAUAAACCCGAAAUGAAAUUAAAAAGCCUGGUAGUCUUUACGCAACUGUAGAGAAAAAAUUGUUUUAUUUAUAACGUUGUCAUCCCACAAAAAUCAGCCAC